AUGGCGAAGCGCGUCCGAGUCGGUAAUCAAGACGCCGGUAAGUUGACACCCGCUGGACCUUCUGACGUCGACAAGAUGGCGCCAGUGUCUGCGCCGCUGGACGCACCUGUUAAGAGCAAGGCGGCGGCAAUCGCACAUAGCGAAGGGAAGCACGUGAUGCUGCCCGCCUUCUUGUCCAAGACGUACGAGAUCUUCAGCAUGCCCGAGUUCGCACACGUCUGUGGCUGGAACGCCACGGGAGACACCAUCAUCGUGGCGCAGCUCGAGACGUUUGUGGCGAUGGUACUGCCGCGGUUUUUCAAGCACCGGAACUUCCCGUCGUUUGUGCGCCAGCUCAACCUCUACGGAUUCCAUAAGACGGUGCUGGACUCGAAGCGGCUGGAGUUCCAGCACCCGUACUUCAAGCGCGGUCGACCGGACUUGCUGCAUCUGAUCAAGCGCAAGGUCUCCAGUAGCAGCAGCAGCAGUAGUAGUCAUCACAACCAGCACAUUGUCAGCACGUCCAUCCAGAACUCGCGGCUUGAUGCGCACCGGGAGAUCUCAGAUACACUGUUGCGAGAGAUGAAAGAGCUGCGUCAACGUGGCGAUGCCAUGGAGAAACGUCUGCGCGAGGUUGAGAUCGACAAUGCGAUUGUGCGAAGUGAUAACGUUAAGUUGUGGAAGCAUCUUGAGGCAGCAAAGGACAAGCAGUUGGUCAUGCAAGAAAAAAUGAAGAAGAUUAUGUGGAUCCUGUUCCAGAUCUACCGUGGGAAGCAGCAGAAUCUUCCCCAACUGUCUAGCAACGACGCCACUGGCGCUUUUAUCAGCGAAGACUACACUAACGGCAGCAUGCUUGGGCCGAAAGAGUUUCGAGACGUACUGCGCUUUUUGGCGAUGGAUGAACCUCCUAUGUUGCCUGAAUCGUCUCCUGAUGCUGCGACUUCUACGCCAAGCUUACGAAAGCGGAAGUUUGUCGAGGUUCCAUCUGACGUCGGCGAUGUCCUUUCGACACCCGAUGGCGCAUACAAAUUGGAGAAAGAGCUGUCUACUGUUGUCAAGAUGCCGAACCCUUUGGGCGAUCCCAGCUUGUUCGCGAUGACGUUCCCAUCCAGCACGCCUCCCUCCCUUCACUCAGAUGAAGAACAGAACAACGUACUGAGUAUCUUCUCACCUCUUAACGCUCUGAGUAGCAGCACAGCUCACGUUGAUGCCGCGCUGGGUGGUGGAAACCCUAAAAAUGCAGCAGACAUUUCUACAAGCGCACCUGCAUCGGCUGUGUCGACACCCGCCACAUCAGUACCUGCUGUGGCAGUUACGACACCGAUUGAGUCGAGCUUGAACGGAAGCACACUUGCAGUUGGUCACGCAAGUGACUUAUCUGGUGGGGGUGCUGUUGCUUCCGAUAGCACAUCCAUCACAGACGCGAACAAUCAAUUGGCGUUUUUGGACGAAGACCUCCCUCUAUUGCCCGACUCGGACCACUACAACUUCACGGAAGGCGAGCAGGCGGUGAUGAAGAAACUCGAGGACUUUGAGACAUCGCUGUUGGACGAGUACGACGUCAGCUGCCUUGACACACUAUUGCAGCAGCUGAAAAGCGGUGGUGGAGUCAAACUCUCGGGUGUUGCUGUGCCAGAUUCGGAAGAGGUUGUUGUCGGCCCAAGUCAUUCGUCGCCACAGGAUGCGUAG